AGCAUGUCUGAUCUUUCUUCACUUUUGCAAGCUUCUCUUGUGCCCGCUACUAGAAAACAGGCUGAACAGCAGCUCGAUUCUCUUGUGGCACAGCCAGGCUUUCUCUCACAUAUCCUUCGUCUCAUUCUCGAUUCAUCUCAACAACACCCAAUUAGACUCGCAGGUGCUGUGUAUCUUAAAAAUCUCGCGAAGUUAAGAUGGGAAGAGGAAGUUGCCCCCUUGCCUGAACAAGAUAAAGCGUCGCUUCGUAUCGAGCUUGUGCCAGCAAUGAUUGUACUGUCUGGUCCAUCCGACAAGUUAAUCCGUGCUCAGAUCGCAGAAUCUGUCGCUCUUAUUGCAGAGUUGGACUUCCCUCUGAAAUGGGACAAUUUGAUUGAUCAACUGGUGUCAUCCCUUUCACCAACGGAGUACAAUAUAAACAUUGGUGUCCUUGAAACUGCUCACUCUAUCUUCCGCCAGUGGCGGGCCCAUGUUCGAUCUGAUCAGCUUUAUUCAGAAAUAAACUUUGUUCUCUCUCGUUUUGUUGACCCCUUCCUGCAAUUGUUCCGCCAGUCCGCCCACAUCUUGCUGUCAUCUCCACCUCCCCCCAAUCUUGCAUUAGUAGCACAAACCCAGAUCCUCCUCAUUGAUGUCUUUUAUGACUUUACCUGCCACGACUUACCUCCUGCUAUCGAAGACUCUCAUCAAGAAUUCUUCGCCCCAUCUACUGGGUGGUUCCAUCGGUUCCUCACAUGGGACCCAUCAGACCUGCAAGGAGAUCCCGAUGACACACUCCCUUCGCUCCCGACUCAACUCAAAACGGUGAUCUUUGAAACCGCUGAGCUUUACAUUAAAUUAUAUCCCGACCAACUCUCUCAGUCUCAGGCCGUUGAAGCAUUUGUAGGGGGUGUCUGGCAACUUGUCGGCUCGGGAAGGUUACCCGGCGUCGCAGAUGAUGCGCUUGUUUCCCAGUCCCUCCGCUUCAUUUCUACUGCCAUUCGCUCGGGGUACUAUAAGCCCCUCUUCUCCUCUCGUGAAACCAUAUCUUCUCUCAUUCAAGGGGUAGUUGUGCCUAAUGUCUCUCUUAGAGAGCAUGAAAUGGAACAAUUUGAAGACGAUCCUCUGGAAUUCAUCCGUCUUGACCUUGCACUUCCCGGCGGGACGUCAGACGUAGCAACGCGGAGACAGGCAGCGGCAGACGUGCUGCAAGCUCUUGUUGGUUCUGGGUACGAAGCGGAAACAACAGAGAUCGUAGGCGAGUGGAUUGGAACAGGCUUACAAGAGUACAAUUCCAAUCCAAGCCAAAAUUGGAAGGCUAAGGAUGGCGCGGUGUAUCUCCUUACCGCCGUCGCUACGCGUGGAUCAACGACUCAGCACGGUGUGACGUCGACGAAUGCUCUCGUGGACAUUGUUAAAUUUUUCUCCGAACAUGUUUAUCAAGAUCUGCAGGCAGGACAAGGCAGUGUACACCCGAUCUUGCAAGUUGAUGCUAUCCGGUUUUUGCAUACUUUCCGCAACCAACUGACAAAACCCCAGCUGCUGUCCGUCCUUCCACUCCUUGUGCGGCACUUGGGUUCUCCCAACUAUGUCACGUAUACAUAUGCUGCGAUUACUAUCGACCGUAUUUUGUUCAUCAAGCAGGGAAAUCAGCUGUUGUUCUCACAGGCUGACAUUCAUGAUUUUGCAUCGGAUCUACUCGAUGCUAUCCUCAGCAAAGUGGAGGCGGCAGGAACACCUGAAAAAGUGGCAGAAAAUGACCAUCUGAUGAAAUGCGCGAUGCGCGUUAUUGUCACGGCGCGACAAACACUUACUCCAGUAUAUCAGCAAAUACUCCAGCGCCUCGUGGGCAUUCUUGGUGUUCUCUGUAAGAACCCGAGCAAUCCCAACUUCGACCAGUAUAUUUUUGAAAGUAUCGCUGCGCUCAUGCGCUUUGUUGUGAGUGGCAAUCCAGAAACUCUCUCGACGUUUGAGCGAAGCCUGUUUGGCCCAUUCACAGUCAUCCUACAACAGGACAUCGAUCAAUACAUUCCAUAUGUCUUCCAAAUACUGGCACAAAUGCUGGAGAUGCACAAGGCUAACGUACCGACAGAGUAUCGUAAUCUUUUGCCAUUCCUGCUUACUCCUACAUGCUGGCAGCAAAAGGGGAGCAUUCCUGGUCUUGUUAAACUUCUAAAAGCUUUCCUUGCGAGGGAUGCGCAACAGAUGCUCUCAACAGGUCAGAUCACUGCCGUGCUGGCUGUCAUCCAGCAGCGUCUUGUACCGUCAAAAAUUAAUGAUGCAUGGGGCUUUGAGUUGUUGCAAAGUGUCGUGCAGCAUAUUCCGCCCGCACAGCUACGCCAAUACUUCAAAGUCUUGGUUAUGACUCUACUCACGCGAAUGCAAACCAGUAAGACAGACAAAUAUGUCUACCUUUUCUCCCACUUCUUCCUCUUCACGAUGUCUAUCGACGUGGAGGGCCUUGGACCAGACUAUGUAAUUUCAACCGUUGAAGAGGUUCAGCCACAGCUCUGGUCACAAAUCCUUAUCAAUUUUAUUGUACCGCAAAUUUCAAAAAUGCCUCACAAGGACCGUAAAGUCGCUGCAAUCGGACUGACGAGAAUGCUCACUCAAAGUUCCCUCAUGCUGCAAGACCCAAGUGCACAGAGCUGGCCAGGAGCUUUUGUUGCACUAGCUAAACUCUUUAAUGAGCCCCAGUACCUCACAAAGGCUACCGAGGAAGAACAAGAUGUUGGCUUGACAUCAAUUGACUUUGAAGAGCAGACUGUGGGAUAUCAGGCUGCAUACUCACGGCUGGCUGCCUCAGAAACAGCACCAGCGGAUCCCGUCGCGUACGUGAAGGACCCGAAGGAGUUCCUGGGUCAAGCACUUGUCAAAGCAGACCCUAAGGUCAAAAGCUUGCUCUUGGUAGGAGAUGCUAGCAGUGUUCAGCCGUUUGUGCAGUCCUUGGCUGCUGCGGGAUUCAUUAUUCGGUAAAAUAAAAGGAAUCGAGAUAGAGGAGUGAGAUAGAGCAUCAAACCAAGUUGAAACAUGGCGUCAACGAGUAGAACAGGUACCAUUAUUGUAUAGAAAUAUCAUCAAUGCACUUUGUGAAUGCGGAGCCUU